AUGGACGCAGUUUUGCCCAUCUUCUUUGAACUACGAGAAGAGUCUCCGACCCUGAUUACAGACAAAUACCCGCCGUUGACUCGUGAUGGAGCCUCGCUCGUGUUAACAGCGUGCAUCAUGAUGGUGCUGACAACGCUGUGGACAAUCAUGAGACUUAUUUCUCGUCGCAUCACCGGAAUAUCCUUUCAUACGGAAGAUUACCUCGACUUUUCAGGACAGCUUCUCUACUACGGCGUUGCGACAUGCUUCAUUUUAGGAGUCAUUCUCGGUGGCGCCGGCCACGACGUUAGCGUUCUAGACCCGAACCUUCACGUUUCGCACUUUGUCAAAAUCUUUCUGGCUGCACAAGUUAUGUACGCCACCGAGCUUCUGGCAAUCAAACUCAGCAUCAUAACCUUGAUGCAGCGCAUCUUCUCGCAGAGUAGCUCAUGGUUCCGUGCAACAAGCUGGGUUGCUGUUGGGCUGUCAUGUAUUUGGGCACUAUAUACAGCCCUUCUUGGCUUCACUGGCUGCGGGGACUACACCCUAGCUUUCAGCGCAGUUGCCAUUUUUGAUAUUAUCACCGACAUAGUCAUUGUGGUGCUUCCCAUUAAAGUUGUUAGCGGGUUGCAAAUGGCUAGAGCCCACAAGGUUGCCCUUUGUGUGGUAUUCGGAGCAGGCGUGCGACUAUACUACACCCUAACGGCAGAUUUCGUCAAUAUCACUCGAGGCUUUGCUUCUGCCUCAAUAAGCGGAGUACUCCAGUCAGGAAUUGCUGUCAUGAAGGCUUCCAGCCCCAUGUUACGCCCAGUCUUUGACAGAACUAUUGUUCGCUGGUUGAGUUUGUCGAUUCGCAGCAGAUCUCAGGGACAUAUCGUCAAGAGCAGUAAAUCCAGUCAGCUUGGAAGCCAUCUUCGCGGGGACGGCUUCAAGCAAAUGUCCGAUAGUGAUGAGAACCUCAGUUGGGAGAUGCAGGGGCUAGGCAGCAGGACAAAUUGCAGGACUGGAAGGGUGUCACAGGCUCAGAUUUCUGCCGGAAUAGCCUUGCAGAAUGUGAAUACCAGAUCCCCGACUCCGGAUACUACUGGAAUUGCUACCACACGAACAGUAGCUGUGGAAAGACACAGUGUUGGUUGA